AUGGCAUUAAAUAAAUUAAUUGGAACAGUUGCUUCUCUAGCUGUAAGGAAUGUUUCCCAAAUUGGACAAAAAUUUGCUGCGUCAACGAUUACCGUGCGUGAUGCACUCUCGAUGGCAUUAGACGAAGAGUUAGCAAAUGAUGAUCGUGUUUUUUUAAUAGGUGAAGAAGUUGGACAUUACGAUGGCGCCUACAAGAUUUCGAGAGGAUUGAUGCGUAAAUUCGGCGAAUCCCGUGUAAUAGAUACUCCAAUUACGGAAGCAGGCUUUUGCGGCCUAGCGGUUGGUGCAGCAUUUGCAGGUCUUCGUCCGAUUUGUGAAUUUAUGACCUACAACUUUUCUAUGCAAUGUAUCGAUCAGAUAAUAAAUAGUGCAGCUAAAACAUAUUAUAUGUCAGCGGGUCGGUUACCUUGUCCAAUUGUUUUUCGUGGACCAAAUGGAGCAGCUGCUGGUGUUGCAGCGCAACAUAGUCAAGACUUCACGGUAUGGUAUGCUCACUGCCCUGGACUAAAGGUUGUGGCACCUUAUUCCGCAGAAGAUGCAAAGGGUUUGCUCAAGUCAGCUGUUCGUGAUGAUAAUCCUGUAGUUGUAUUGGAGAAUGAAUUGUUAUACAGCGAGACGUUUCCAAUGUCAGAUGAGGCAUUGAAAAAUGAUUUUAUGGUACCUAUCGGCAAGGCAAAAAUUGAACGAGAAGGCACAGAUAUAACGCUUAUCUCAUAUUCCUAUGGUCUGGUAACAACAAUGAAAGCUGCAGAACAGUUAGCCAAAGAAGGCAUCAGUGCUGAGGUGAUUAAUUUGCGAUCCCUUCGACCGUUUGACUUUAAAACGAUCGAGAAAUCAGUCAUGAAGACUCACCAUGUAGUAACCGUUGACAAUGGGUGGCCAUUUUGCUGUAUAGGAUCGGAAAUCUGCAUGCAGUUGAACGAAUCAGAAGCAUAUGGUGCUCUGGAUGGUCCCGUAUAUCGAGUGACUGGUGCCGACGUUCCAAUGCCAUUCAGCGAAUCUCUCGAGGUUGCAGCACAGCCACAACCGGCUGAUGUAGUAAAAAUGGCGAAAAGAUCAUUGAAAAAAUGA